UGGCAAGGUGGCAGCCUAGCAAUCUAACUGUUUCUGGUGCCCGAAAAAAAAACUUCGUAAAUAGCUAUGCUGAAACGUGAGCUGCAAAGCAUUCAGCUAAAGCUGUCAGAUUUGGAGGAAUAUGAAUCUGUACGAAGGCGCAACAAAAUAAAAGCCGCUACUGAUUCAGGCAGGCAAUCAUCUGCGACGGCCACAGCCACCGAAACGGCGCUAUCGACCUCAGCCACCAGCGAUUCGACCUCCGAGACACCCGUCACCCAGCGGCAGAUAGACGACCUGCCGCCAACAACUGGUUGGUCAACAGCUGUGGUUACCAGCAGCAGCAACACCAAUUCCGGUUCCACGGAAGAUGACACCAGCGUAGUGGCCGUAGCCGAUGACAACGAUACAGCCGCCGAGCUCAGCGAUGACGGCUGGGUGGACGUUGAUGAGGAGGACGGCGCCCGAGGUGGCGAGUAAUAUUACUGCUCAGCUAUAAUGGGCCAAAGGAGCACCAUAUACUCAUGCAUACAGACAUACGUACAUGCAUAUGUACAAAAUACCUUAGAUGCUCAUCAAUAUAUCCGAUGUUCAUCAUUGUAUACCAGCGAAAGUUUAAGUUCUAAUAAACCGAAUUUAUACAAGUUUUAAAAUGGAA